UACCUCCGGCUCUCCCGGGUGACGAAAGCAGGAGGAGCAGAGAAAGGAGAGGGCGGGAUAGGGAUGCCGCUGUGCUGCAUUCUGGGAAGGGCGUUGGUCCGUCGCUCGCGCAGCCUCCUGGGAGUUGUAGUCGCGAUCCUGAGGUAACGGGUAAGUUUAUACCAUGGAUAGCACAAAGGAGAAGUGUGACAGUUACAAGGAUGAUCUUCUGCUUAGGAUGGGACUUAAUGAUAAUAAAGCAGGAAUGGAAGGAUUAGAUAAAGAGAAAAUUAACAAAAUUAUAAUGGAAGCCACAAAGGGGUCCAGAUUUUAUGGAAAUGAGCUCAAGAAAGAAAAGCAAGUCAACCAACGAAUUGAAAAUAUGAUGCAACAAAAAGCUCAAAUCACCAGCCAACAGCUAAGAAAAGCACAAUUACAGGUUGACAGAUUUGCAAUGGAAUUAGAACAGAGCCGAAAUUUGAGCAAUACCAUAGUGCACAUUGACAUGGAUGCUUUCUAUGCAGCUGUAGAAAUGAGGGACAAUCCAGAAUUGAAGGAUAAACCCAUUGCUGUAGGAUCAAUGAGUAUGCUGUCUACUUCAAAUUACCAUGCAAGGAGGUUUGGUGUUCGUGCAGCCAUGCCAGGAUUUAUUGCUAAGAGACUGUGCCCACAACUUAUAAUAGUGCCCCCAAACUUUGACAAAUACCAAGCUGUGAGUAAAGAGGUUAAGGAAAUACUUGCUGAUUAUGAUCCCAAUUUUAUGGCCAUGAGUCUUGACGAAGCCUACUUGAAUAUAACAAAGCACUUAGAAGAAAGACAAAAUUGGCCUGAGGAUAAAAGAAGGUAUUUCAUCAAAAUGGGAAACUCUGUAGAAAAUGAUAAUCCAGGAAAGGAAGUUAAUAAACUGAGUGAGCAUGAACGAUCCAUCUCUCCACUACUUUUUGAAGAGAGUCCUUCUGAUUUGCAGCCCCCAGGAGAUCCUUUCCAAGUGAACUUUGAAGAACAAAACAAACCUCAAAUACUCCAAAACUCAGUUGUUUUUGGAACAUCAGCCGAGGAAGUGGUAAAGGAAAUUCGUUUCAGAAUUGAGCAGAAAACAGCACUGACAGCCAGUGCAGGCAUUGCCCCAAAUACAAUGUUAGCAAAAGUAUGCAGUGAUAAGAAUAAACCGAAUGGACAAUACCAAAUUCUUCCCAAUAGACAAGCUGUGAUGGACUUCAUCAAGGAUUUACCCAUUAGAAAGGUUUCUGGAAUAGGAAAAGUUACAGAGAAAAUGUUAAAGGCCCUUGGAAUUAUUACAUGUACAGAACUUUACCAACAGAGGGCAUUGCUCUCUCUCCUUUUCUCUGAAACAUCUUGGCAUUAUUUCCUUCAUAUCUCCUUGGGUCUAGGUUCAACACACCUGACAAGGGAUGGAGAGAGGAAAAGUAUGAGCGUUGAGAGGACGUUCAGUGAGAUAAAUAAAGCGGAAGAACAAUACAGCCUAUGUCAGGAACUUUGCAGUGAACUUGCUCAAGAUCUACAGAAAGAAAGACUUAAGGGUAGAACUGUUACCAUUAAGUUGAAGAAUGUGAAUUUUGAAGUAAAAACUCGUGCAUCUACAGUUUCAUCUGUUGUUUCUACUGCAGAAGAAAUAUUUGCCAUUGCUAAAGAAUUGCUAAAAACAGAAAUUGAUGCUGAUUUUCCACAUCCCUUGAGAUUAAGACUUAUGGGUGUUCGGAUAUCUAGUUUUCCCAAUGAAGAAGACAGGAAACACCAACAAAGGAGCAUUAUUGGCUUUUUACAUGCUGGAAACCAAGCCCUGUCAGCCACUGGGUGUAUACUAGAGAAAACUGACAAAGAUAAGUUUGUAAAACCUCUAGAAAUGUCUCAUAAGAAGAGUUUCUUUGAUAAAAAACGAUCAGAAAGGAAAUGGAGUCACCAAGAUACAUUUAAAUGUGUAGCCGUGAAUAAACAAAGUUUCCAGACAUCACAACCAUUCCAAGUUUUAAAGAAGAUGAAUGAGAAUUUGGAAAUAUCAGAGAAUUCAGAUGACUGUCAGAUAUUUACCUGUCCUGUUUGCUUUAGGGCACAAGGGUGCAUCAGUCUGGAAGCCUUGAAUAAACAUGUAGAUGAAUGUCUUGAUGGACCUUCAAUCAGUGAAAACUUUAAAAUGUUCUCGUGUUCACGUGUUUCUGCCACCAAAGUUAACAAGAAAGAAAAUGUUCCUGAUUCUUCACCUUGUGAGAAGCAAGAUUAUGAAGCCCAUCCAAAAAUUAAAGAAAUACCUUCAGUAGAUGGUGUAGCUUUAGUAGAUACUAUAGAUAACUCAUCUAAAGCAGAAAGCAUAGAUGCUUUAAUUAAUAAGCACAGCAAGGAAGAAUGUUCUAGUCUCCCAAGCAAGUCUUUUAAUAUUGAACACUGUCGUCAGAAUUCUUCUUGUACUGUUUCAUUGGAAAACGAAGAUGUUGGAUCAUUAAGUAGACAAGAGUACUGCCAGCCUUACUUAUGUGAAGUGAAAACAGACCAAGCUCUAGUUUGUCCUGUUUGUAACGUAGAACAAAAGACUUCAGAUCUAACCCUGUUCAAUGUGCAUGUGGAUGUUUGCUUAAAUAAAAGUUUUAUCCAAGAAUUAAGAAAGGAUAAAGUUAACCCACUUAAUCAACCUAAAGAAAGCUCCAGAAGUACUGGUAGCUCAAGUGGAGUACAGAAGUCUGUAACAAGAACAAAAAGGCCAGGAUUGAUGACAAAGUACUCAACAUCAAAGAAAAUAAAACCAAACAAUCCCAAACAUACCCUUGAUAUAUUUUUUAAGUAAACAUUGAACAUUUUAUCAUUAAUUUUUAAUUGAAACUUGUUAUUUUAUAAUCAAUGAAUUUGUUCUUUCUGAUUUUAAGUUUGCAGAUUUAUUUAGUGAAGGCAAGUGCAAUAAUCCUUCCUCAGAUGACGUUUGCUUUUCUAAGAUACAUAUACCGAUUCUGUGUAUCUUUUUUAUAACCAUGAGAAUUUUACUUCCAUUAUACAUCAACUGGAAAUUAAUUCUGUUAAGAGAUAAUUUUUAAAAGGGAAAUUAGGAAUGGGAUAAGAAGGUGAUUUUUUUAUUAUUUUUAUACUGAAUAUAAAAACAUUUGUAAGGGCUCUCAAAGAUUCACACAUACCUAUAUUAUCAUAAGAAUUUUUCAGCACUUAACUACUUUGUUGGCAUUGAUCCUAGUAUCUUUAAAUACUUCAUGAGCAUUCAUAAUUAAAAUUUAUCUUAAGUUCUGUGAAGAGUAUUAAUGUAACUAGCAUAAGUGGUUUUCUUCAGGAAAAUAAAUAUCACAGUAUUAUCUGUGUUAAAAUGGUUUUUGCCUAAAAUAUAAUUUUUAAUUUGGCUUUUGUUAUUUAAAAUUCCAUUAUCUUAUGAAUAAGCACUUGAAUCACUUUUUAAAAUAUUUAGUCUAAGAUGAUUCAAAGUAGUUUAUUUUAAUACAGGACUUUUAAAUGGCAGUAUUUCAUUUCUUGUCAAUUAUGUUGAUACUUUCCACAAAUCUAUAAAGAAGGAUGAAUUGUACUGUCAUUUUAUUAUAAUCCUCAAGAGAAAAUGUGUAAUUCAAAAGAUGAAUGUGUAUUAAAACACAUUACAUAUCUUAGUUACAUUUCUAUCAAUAUUUUUAUUAAUAUUUGUGAAAGAAGGCAGCUUAAUAGUAGUUAGCUUAAGUAGUUUCUCCAAGUACUUUUGUGCUAUAAUGAGUUCUUCUCAAAAAAUAAUUAAUUAGGCCAAGCACAGUGGCUUACACCUGUAAUGCCAGCCCUUUGGGAGGGCGAGUGGGCAGAUCACUUGAGGUCAGGAGUUUAAGACCAGCCUGGCCAACAUGGUGAGACCCUGUCUCUACUAAAACGACAAAAAAAAAAAAAAAAAAAAAAUUAGCCAGGCUUGGUGGCACACACCUGUAAUCCCAGCUAUUUAGAUGGCUGAGGCAGGAGAACCACUUGAACCUGGGAGGUCGAGGCUGCAGUCAGCCAAGAUCUUACCACUGCACUCCAGCCUGGAUGAAGAGCGAGACUCUGUCUCAAUAAUAUAAUAAUAGUUAUUAUUAUUAUUUAAUUGCAACAUGAAGUUGGAAGCCAUUUUCUGUUACUUCUUAAAGGAGCUAAAUCUUUUUUAUUUUUGUUUUCUCUCCCCUUGCUUUUCAUAUUUUAGCUUAUGAUCUAAAUAUGUAUUUUAUAUAUUAUAAUACUUUAGGAAUACCUUAAGAACUCACAGACUUUGGCAAAGUGGUAACUUGACUUACAAUUACUAGAUUCUUUAAAUUAGGCUUAAUGCCUGCUAGCAUGCCAAUCCAAUCCCAUGACUGAUGUUAUUAUACACUAUGGCAAAUACAGAGUUGUACUGUUAUGGUUCUUGAUCAUGUGAUUUACUUAUGUAAAUUAUGUACAAAUUUAAGUUCAAUGAAACACUGAUUUAACAUACUGAAAGGUAAAUAGUACCAUAGUGAAUCAUUUUCUGUCUUGCGUUAGGUUUAUUUUUAUUAUCUUCAAUAUUAGAAUAAAUGCUAAAUUAUUUUCAUUUAAGGAUUUAUGUAGUUGAAUAUUAUCAUUUAGUAAUAUUUAAUAAUCAUUUGAAAUUUUAAAACUUUAAUUGAUCUAA